GUCAUUUCUCUUUCAGCCUCAGCCUUGGUCUCUCUUUGUCUGCUCGCUCAUUGUUAGGCUCGAGCUGCCUUUUGGAAAUUUGCUUGUCUGAGGCAGGUCGCACACACCACUCUCCCCACAAGUCGGUCGGGCUUCGUGGUCUUUUUUUGCCCACAUCUCCGGGAACCAUUUCGAUCUGUUCCUUUCCCUCCCCUCCAUCAAUUGAUCGCACCAACGUCUAGCCCACCAUGUUGUCGCUCCUGUGGUCGGUUUUUCUUGUCCAUGUAGCCAUUUAUUUGGUUAAUACCAUUGGCGCUAGCACGAUUGAUAAUCUGCUAUGGCUCCUCUACCUGAAAGUUCCGACCUCCACCUCGAAGAAAUACAAAGAACAAAACCGACUCAAGCGCGAGGUUGUCCAGCUGAAGCGGGACAUGAACAACACCAGCUCACAGGAUGAGUUUGCGAAAUGGGCGAAACUCCGACGGAAACAUGAUAAGACCAUGGAGGAAUAUGAGGCGAUAAACAAACAACUCGUUUCGCAGAAAACCUCUUUCGACUGGGGCGUCAAAAUCGUUCGCUGGUUCGGUACAUCUGGUCUCAAGUUCUUCCUGCAAUUCUGGUACUCGAAAACGCCUGUCUUCCAUCUGCCGGAGGGCUGGCUUCCUUACUACGUGGCGUGGCUGCUGUCGUUCCCCCGUGCGCCCAUGGGGUCGGUGAGCAUCCAGAUUUGGAGUAAUGUUUGUGCGACGGCGAUUACGACUAUGGCGGAGGUGGUGACGGCUGUUCUGUUGCAGAGGGCUACUGCUACUGCUGCGCCUGCUGCGAAGAAGACACAAUGAAGUUAUGUAUGUAUGCUAUGCUAAUGUAUACAUGGAUGAUUUAAGCUACGUGGAGUUGGAUGUGUAAAUAAGACAGUUAUUCGUUGUUUCUUGGGAGAU